AUGGUCGUAUGGCAACCAAACAACAGUAUGCUCACUGAAGACCCUUCUUCAACCACCACUAACACUGUUGAUAUGGAGGAUAAAAAUACCCUCAAAGACUCUCAUUCUGAAUCACUUGGCACAACGCAUUUCAACAAUACAGAAGCAGAACGAAAGAAAACAGCUGAAAAAUUAUUCGGGAAUAGCAGCGCCGAUAUUUCACCUGCUGUCGAAGACACUCUAGAUUGUAACAUAAACACACUUAGUACAAUUACUGAUAAAGCAACAGAUAUAAAAGAUACAACUGACAUGACUAAUAAUAAUUCGACUACUGCCAUUUCCGUCGAGACCGUAGGUACCCAUCACCUCACAGAUACCAUCUCAGAAGAUUCACAAGUUUCUUUAAUAGAAACUCAUAUCCCUGAAGAACAUCGUCUGUCGAAAGAAUCCCGAUUUUCAAAAGAAUCAGGAAUGGUUUCGAGUGCAAGCAGUUCUAUAAACGACGGCGACAACGAGACUGACGCUCAACAACCUUCUAGCUUGACGUCUCAAUUGUCCACUACCAACAAUGACCAAUACACUCGAACAUUCACUGAUAACUCUAACAAGCACUUGGGCAUAAUCACCGAAGAAGAAGAAACGAAAUCAAUACUUUCUAAUCAUUCCCAAGAUGUAUCAAACUAUGCUCCAGAAAGCAUAGAGAAUAAUAGUGAAAAGCAAAAUAUUACUACAAAUGUCCGAGAAGAGCACUUUCUAACUUCAGACCAAGCAGAUACAGAGACAAGACUCAGCGGCUCAUCACCGACUGCUUCUGAUAUAUCUGAAACUCCCUUAUCUUCGAACCAACUUCCUGUGGAAGCAAAAAGGAGAAGUAGCUCUAAGCGCAAAAACUCGACACGUUCAAUAUUUUCUGUCUUGUCUCCCUCGAUUAGAUCAUCGUCUUCAUCGACGUCAACGAGAGAUUCUAGCAGAGGUUCAUUUUCUGACACAGAGGGCGAUCCUGUUCCACGUAAACAACAGCAACAUUCGGUAUUAUCUAAAGCAGACAGAAUACUGGGAAGGUCACCGUUUGGCUCAAUAUCAGCCAGGAGGCGAACUUCGAGGAUGCUGAAUGCUAGCGAGAGCGAGGUAACCCCCCCCGGAUCACCUAAUUCUCCCGAGAAGCUGUCCAAAAUAGGCAAAAUACUUGGAUUAACUCCAUCGGAGGAGAAGCUUUUGUUAGAAAAACCAGAUGUAGCAAGCCAAAUAUUCCAAUUAUCGUCCUCAUCCUCAUCGUCUCUAGACGAAAAAUCUGCAAAGCCUAAAAAAAGUGAAGCCGAUAAUCGCCCAGUCAAUACAAGUAAUAAAGCAAAUAAAGUGCUUGGUUUACCAGUUGAUAAUGGAAUGCCUGUAAUAGACGAGAAGAGCAAAGCUGGGAAAAUCUUGGGAUUAGAAGAGAAGGUUCAAAAACGUAGAGGAACAUCAAUGUAUGUCAGUAGAGUUAGCGACAGAGUUUCCGGUCUGGUAGUUCACUCUCGUGUCGGCAUUAGUAGUCCAAUCACAGUUGCCACUGUUAAUAAGAAUAUUGCUUUGACUGGCACGUUAACUAAAUAUCAGCAUGUUACGUUUGGAAAAAGCUGGAAGCGAAGAUUUUUCAUCCUCGCCAAGACGACUUUAUACUGUUUCAAGGAUAGCGAAAGAUCGUCACUAAUGACAGACAGUUUUGAAAUAACGGCUGAAACAACUGUCUGCGUAACUGAUGCAUUCAGUGGUAAACAAUGGAUGUUACAAGUAAACAAAGAAGGAACUAAACCGUGGUAUCUCCAAGCGGACAAUGUAGAAGACAUGAAAUUAUGGUUGGCAGAACUGAAAGCGACAGUUGUUAAAUGUAAAUAUAGCGUAACACAACUUCCAGAAGUACCAACACAUAAGACUAUAGAUGAGCCCGUUAACAAUAUACAUAAUACCCCCGUCCCUGCUCCUCGCCGGAUUAGACAAUCACCACCAACUGUAGCAUCAUCUUCACAAGGUAUAGCGUCGACGAUCUCGCCAUCGUACAUUCAACAAUCGCUUCCUCCUCCUCCACGCCCAGCUCCAUCGGCGCCAGCAAAUAUAACAUCGCUUCCACCACCACCUCGUCCCAAAUCCGCCCCAACAACAUCAUGUCCACCGUCACCUACACCUUCGUUACCACCAUCAAGACCAUUGUCUCCGCAGCAUGAUCCGGAUGUUGCCGAACUGGCAGGUGCUAAUAUAGGCGCUCCAGCACGACCAUCUUCCCCCGUGCAUACACUUUCACCUCCAAAGACAAGGACUGCUAAAAUCAUGGUGCGCACAAAUAAUAAUAAUAUACCACGGGAGGAUAUUGACUCAGUGGUUACAACGCCAACAUCUGUUUUUAAUCCUGCUAAGGAGAUAAUUGGGCAGGAUAUUGGUGAGGACGAAGAGGAUGAAGAAGAGGAAGGUAGUACUCUAUCUAGUUCAAUUAAUUUACCGUAUAAUGCACAGAACACGGAUAAGUCGCAGAAAUCAGUGGGAACAACAUAUUCGCUGGGUAAUCCACCCGUAAUGCCCUCAAGGCCACUACGGACUAUGACUCCGCCAGCUGGGUUAUUUUCUCUAAACCAUAACGCAAAUAGAACUGUAACUAAUACUACAACGCAACCGCCAAAACAAACAAAUCAAACAACGAAGCCGAAAUCAACAUUUUCAUCAAUAUCUAAUUCGUCCUCAAUUACAGAUUCAUAUACAUCACUUCCCCCACCGCCUCGUUCGCCGCCGCCCCCUAGGACGGCAACACGUUCUCCCAUUCUAUCAACUCCGCAACCUCCACGAUCCUCACGAUCACCACAUCCACCACGGUCUCCGCCGGUGGUGUAUGCUUUUAACCAGCAAUAUUAUAAUAUUCAUUCUACACCGCCUUCAACGCCACCGAGGUCUCCAGUAGCUGUCUCACCACCAAGAUCUACAGCAGUUGUUGGUGUAUCGAAUGUUGCCACAAAACGUCGCAUUCCUCCCAAUCUUUCUCUAUCAAAUUCGUCUCAUCCGUCUCCUCCAUCCCCUCGCUCUCCCCAUUCAACUCACUCCGCUCCAUCAUCACCUUAUUAUUAUACAUCUCGUUCACGCAAAGCCACGGAUUCGCCCCCAUUCUAUAGCACUAGAUCUCCAACGCCUCCUGCACGAAUAAUGAACAUUCCGACUAGUCUUUCGUCUGCUCUUGCACCUACGGUUCCACAUCCCCCAGGCCCACCGCGGUUCUCCAAACCAACCUCUUCCCAAUCACGGUCUAUACAGCCGUCCAAUAAGUUGCAAUAUCAAUCUAUCCCGAUUAUAUUGCCAUCUUCGGCAAUAACUUCAAUUCCUCCUCCGCCGCGUACUCGACCACCUAAUAUACCCCUACCUUCUAUACCAACAAACGUUAGGCCGAGGAAUUUGAAUGGCAAGAAUAUUAGGGGUGUAGAACCAGCAGUUGAAUUUUCAGACGACGAUGAGUUAGAUCCUGAUUAUCGUGAUGAAGUAAAUGCUGCCUGGAGAAAGUCCCAAUUGACAAAAUCUUUGGAAGAGAAGCAUAACAAGCGGCAUAGAAAUGCAGCGAGAGUGAGUAAACGUCAUCGGGAUAUAAACGGUGGCACCGAUGAUACUCAUCGAGUAGAUUCUGACGUUGAAUCUAACGAGAGUGACGUUCAUACAAACCAUGCAAGAGCAUUAAAUCGUAAUUUCCGAAGAGUUCUAAUUGUUCAUGAGCGUAUGAGUAGUGGGGAUUUUGAACUCGUUGCCAGUGUUCAGGAAUUGGAUAAAAUUAGCUCCGCGGAUGAUAAUUACGACGAUGACGGCUAUGCGGUGAAGAGCGUGGAUGAGGGUAAAAUGGGAUUGGAUGAAGCGGAUAGCGUGGACAUUUAUUUAAAUGGUGUAGUGGAUGUUAAAACAAAAAUCAGUGGAUAUGAGAGUGAUGGGAGUUUAAUUGACCCUAUGGAUUCUGUAGAUGAUAGUACUCGAUGGGCAUCUUCAAUAUUUUGA